UGCAUAUCCCGCCAGUAGCAAACUUGAUCUGAUCUUCGACCAGUCGUCAUCUCAAGAAAAGAUGAGGAAUCUGAUUUUGUCGACCCUUUUGAGUUUGUGUGUUUUAGGACUUCACGUACGCGGCGAUGUCUAUCUUCAUAAUCCGCGGGGUUCUAACAACAGAUUGUUAGGCGAAGGAGCCAAUCGUAAAAAUGGGAACAGAGUGUUCGACUCCCAGAAUAACGCUAAAGGUGGUUACAACGCUGGUGAAAAGAGCGAAAAAAAGACAACUGAUUGGUAUCAUAUGCAAUAUUUCAUGAGCGGCACCUCGGCUGAUGCACCAACUAUCCUGAAUCUUGAAUGGACCAAUCAGCACGGCUGUGGCGACGGUGACCUGAAUUGUAACAUCGUCUUGCAAUACAUGUGUCGCCCUUCCGGACAGGAGGAUGAACAAAGGGAGAUGGAACGGUAA